AUGGAUAUCCAUCUUUCUUUCCUAGUGGUCACAGGAGCUACUGAUGGGAUUGGAAAAGCCUAUGCAGAAGAGUUGGCAAGACGUGGAAUGAAAGUGGUUCUAAUCAGUCGGUCAAAAGAAAAGUUGGACCAAGUUGCUGGUGAAAUAAAGGAGAAGUACAAAGCGGAAACAAAAGUUAUUGUGGCGGACUUUGGAGAGAGAGGAGACAUUUACAACAGAAUCAAAGCGGGACUGGAAGGCCUGGAGAUCGGCGUUUUGGUAAACAACGUGGGAAUUUCAUAUUCUUAUCCGGAAUACUUUAUUGAUGUUCCAGACCUGGAUAAAACGAUCGACCAAAUGAUCAACAUUAACAUCAUGUCUGUCUGUAAGGUAAGCACCCUGCUGCCAGCACUUAUUCCUGAAAUCCUAAUUCAAACAACUGAAGUUCACUUGUCCAAAGCAUUAUUUUCACCUUCUGGACCACAGAUUCACUUUUCAUCUUAGUGUAACUCAGAAUUUAUGUUUCUUGCAGCAGAUUAUUCAGAUUGUUAUUGAUAUACAAUUUGUUACAAAGAUAAUUCUUAGCUAUUUAGAAGAGCGUGAUACAUACACAAAACAGUGUUUAUGUUUAUUGUUCUGGUCCUUCCUGUAAAUCUUUAAUUCUUCUCCUUCUGUGUCCGUGUUCCUUGAGGUAAGUACCCUGAUCACUGCACAUGUAAGGCUUUCAUACACUGUUGUGAGAAAGCACAGUUAUACUUACUGUGAAAUGGAAACCCAAAUUUACAGAACUGUGUCAUAAUGUUUGAAAUAAAAUGCUUUCCCUUUUUGUAUGUAUAUAUAAAAUCUUGUUGUUGUUGGGAAGAAAUGAAUAGCACUUCAGGCUAAAAAGUGUAACUGUUGCCUGUAUUAAAAUGAGGUCCAUUCACAAAACAGUUUUUCAUCCUGAUAUUUCAAAGCUGAACCAUGGCCGGAGCCAAUGGCAGCUGCUUAACAUGACAUAGGGAGUUAAUUACUGUGUUAGCAGACAGUGCAGCAGAAAUUCCUUGUGAUUAUUCACUGCUGAGCCUCAAUUUUCUCUUCUGCAUGAUAAAAAGUUUGCAUCCCCAGUAGCUGAGGGUUAACCUUUUGCCUCCAAACCCUAAUGUUAGGUGCUUCAAAGGUGACUUGAAAGAUUUGCUUUGCUUGCAGCUGUUCUGAUGAGGUCAAGUACUGAAUUCAUUUAGUGCUUAUGGUGCUCUCAGGAAGCUGAAAAUGUAGGUGUCUUCUUGCCAUGUGAGUAGGCUCAGGACCUCUGAAAAUAAGCCCUCUCUAGGAUUUGUACCCCUUAGUUGAACAACAGCAAACAGUGAAAAGCACAGCCCUUGUGUGACUGAAUGGUAUUGUUAAUGUCAGUUUGCUGCUCUCACUUUCCUGUGUAUUUAUGAGGUACAUUAGAACAACUUGUUAUGAAGUUAGAAAUGUUAUUAGUUAUUAGUGGUUCUUCUGCAACUUUUCUGCUUAAAAAUACAGCAAACCUGACAAACUCCAACUUCUGUUAAUUGAGGUUUGCGGCCUACGGGUCUUGCUGGGCACCUACAAGAUUUGCACCAGGGAAGGCAGUUGUUAGUGGGCACCUUUUUACUGUUUAUCUUAUAGAAGCCAUUUAGCAGACAUCCUAAGCCCUCCCCUUCUCCCCCCCCUCCCCCGUGUUCACACAGUUACACCAGGUGUAAUCAGCAAACUGCUAUGGAGUGACACCUGUGCUGUGCCAGCAGAGGGAGUGCACUAUUCAGUGAUUAAAGGUUUUGGGGUGUUGAUCCUCCUUGAAACAUUUUGUCAGAAUAGAAGAGUUAUAGCUGAACUGCUUUAUUGUGUUUUUCUGAAGAUGGUAGACUGCAAUAAUUUGAGGUCUACUUUGGCGUGCUAAAAUUCUAGAGAGAUGCAGCCAGAUGAUCUUGGUUUCCAGAAUGAACUAGUGCUGCUUUGUGGCUUUUCUCUGCGUUUAUAAUCAGUGAUGUUCAACUGCAGUUAGCAAAUGUAUGAUUUCUUUUCUGGUAAAUUUUGUGUUGUGUCAACCUCUUCACAUUAUAAUGUGGUUGUCCCCAUGCAUGUAAAAACUUCUUAUCUAGUUUCAUGAGACCUAGUGUAUGUUAGUGCUUCUCAGUUUGUUUGAAAACUUUCCUUGACCAUGAGCAGCUCGUGCUACUGGGUAUAAUCGCAGUCUGAGCAUCAGCUUCCAGGCUUGAAAAUGUUCCUCUUGCAUGAGCCUGUUGUGUAAUUAAACAGUAGGCAUGCCAGAUGCUUACUGUUUUGGGGAGAGGAGCACAUUAGAGAUAUGUACCAUCUGUAAGUCUUUUUUCCUUUCCCUUUUUUUUUUUUUCUUCAGAAGAACCCAUAGAAAUAGAGGAAAAAGUAAUUUUAGGAAAAAUCUGUGUCCUUUCACUUAGGUUUUUGGGACAGAAUCCCAUAAGCAUUUAGUUUGGUGUGUAGUGGAGAUAUCACCAUAUCACCUCUUUUCCAAGUGCAUACGUUUGGGUCUUGUUUUUAAAAAAAAAUAAAGUGAAUCUCCCUUCUUGCAUGAUAAACUCACAGGAUAAAGUAACAGCCUGUUUAACCUUUUUUCAGCAGUAAAGUUUCUAAUGCAAUGUAACUUCCCCUAAUGUUUGAGAACACGUAUCCUGUCACAAGAUACUAAGUAUGUGAGAAACAAAUGAGAGUGUGUUGUCUCUGUUUGCAGUAUCACAGUAUGCUAAUUGCAUUGGGAGUGUGGCAUAAACGUGUGCUCUGAAAAAUGAGUGGGACUAAAUAGCUGAGGGGGUGCUGGCUUGGCGCUUGAUUAAGCAAGGAGCUGAAUUGGUUUGAAAGCCAUUAUGUUGUAGGGAGAAUGUGGUUUUCAGGCUUACAGGCCAGUCUUCAGUUGGAAAUUGGCAUUAUUAGAAGAAGGAGGUGAGUAAAUUACAUGCACCUACAUGCCUUGAUGUCUGUGCUAAUCUUUGUCGUCAUUGCCUUAUUUAUGUUCUAUACUGAGUGUUAAAUAUGAAAGGACGAUAGGCCUACGAGAUCAAGAUUUUUAUUCCUUACUGCAUUUGAGAGUCUUAUAAUUUGCUUAAACUUUAAAAAAAAACAAAAACCAUAAAUACUCUAUGUUGAACUGAGAUGUGGUGUCAGUUGCCUCUUAGUGGAAGUGGAAGGUAAAUUGCAUCAAGUUGUGAACACCUGACAAGACAAGGGAGCAACUCUAAGCAAUGCCAGAGAAGUCUAAAGUGGAGUUUGGGAGAAAAACAAAUAGCAACCUAUGCAAAACUGAAAGUAGGAGGAGCAUCUAGCCUAUCUGAAAAAGGGGACAAGUACUUUUGUAGACCUCUCCAUGGAAUGGUUGCGUUUGUUGUUUAUUGGAAAGGAUAAUUUCAAGCAGAAAGUAUUUCUGAGGGAAAUGGCAAUACUGGCUUUCAAGUGUGUGUGUGUGUGUGUGUGUGUGUGUGGUCAAGGGAUAACUUUCACAUUUAUAUUCAAAGUCAUAAUGGAAGGGGGAGCAGAUGACUUAGCCAAGAAGAUAAUGCGAGUUUGUAGUAGAGGAGCACAGUUGCCAGUACUUGGAAGGGAAGUAAGUGUACUGUGAAGUUGGUCAUGAGUAGCAGUGAAAUGGUCCCGAGGGGGAAAUUAGAUGCUGCAGUUUCCCACCUUGCUGACUUUGAACCUAAGAGCAUGAUACACAGCUAAGUUGGACAAGGAAAAUGUGGCUCUGAGAAAUACAUUCCAGUGGUGAAAGAAGCACUUAGGAUUUAGGAUUUUUCUUCUGAGUACAAACAACAGUGUGAAAUUUAAGAAAAUCUAGUUAUGUUGGUUGUGGGAAUUUUUUUGCUGGUGGUGUUUUUUUUGUUUUUUUGUAGAUUUGGAGUUAAACAAGUACAGAUUCCCCAUCUUGAAAGUAGAAAAGAGGGAAGUGCUUAGCUGGGGAAUUGUACUUGGAAACUGGACCCUGGAAGCUUGGGAUUCUAAUUCAAAAAACUUUCCUAGAAAUGUUGUUCAAUGGAAAGUCACUGACAAUGGACAGGACUUGCAGCAUAUUAAGUUCAUAGUUUGUAUAUCCUUGUAUGUGCCCUUUUUGCUUACUGACUUUGCCACAAAGAUUAUUGUGUUAUUUUCUGACAUGAGUUUUACCCCAAGCCACAUGAGAAUGGUUUGUGUUUGUAAAAAGUGGCAGGUACGAGCUGCAUGAAGAAAUUAUUUUUGAGAUGCAUUAUAAGAACCUAACAGUAGAUACUGAUAAUAGCCUUCAUGAUCAAUCUAACUAAUAGUGCAGAAAUACGGUUCCCUGCUUCUUUUACAGUAAGACCUGCGUGUGAGUUGUGCAUGGUCACAGUGUCAGCUAUUUGUGAGAUGGCUGAGUGCUUAUGUGAGUCAGGGCUGUAUUAUUUUUAUCUACCACAACGAAGGAACGAGACACCAAACUCUUUGGUGAUUUUACUUAGAGAUUUACCUGUGUGUAUGCGAAAUUAUUGAAAAACAAGCAGAAAAACACCAACUACUAGUAUUUAACAGUUGUGUGCAAUAUGUUUUACCAAUCUAUACAAGCUGUAAAGUAUUGACAGCUUCUGACACCAAGAAGUCUGUCUGGAGCAAAUUUUUCUGGCACAUACAUGCACAUACAUUCACACUCUGCUCUAAUUCAAGCUUUCAGAAAGAAAUAAGAAAUUUGUAUGAGUAGGCAGGUUUUCUAUAGCUUAAUGUCUGGCUACUCUGUCUGAAAUUACCUUAGCUUUAGACUCUUGGAGCUUUCAUGAGUUCAACUACAGCACGUGUAUUUCUGUGAAAAUUAGUAUUUCAUUCAGAAAGCUGGAGUGAAUUCAGUAUCCACCAGCCAAAGGCAAUCUUAGGAUAGUUCCCAACCUCUCCUUUAGGUUUACAUCUUGCACUUUGUCCCUUAUUAGAUUGCUUUCAGAGAAAGAAGUAUUCACAUAGACUUCUCCCAUGUCCAGCACAUAAAGUCCUGUGGACUCAGACUUGUAGUGUAUUGGUAUUUAUUAAAUUGACAUUAUUGCAGAACUGUAUAUCUAUAAAUCAGACCAAGCAAAACAUUUGGAUUCUUUAUCUGGGACACAUGUAUUCAAUUAUACAUCUAUUUAUUGUUGAACUGCUUAUUUUGGAAUUCCAUGUCUGUAGUUGUAGCUGUUGAAGACAAGGAUGUUAACCAGUUUGCCUCUUUUGGAUAAAGAUCAUGCAAGCAAUUAUUGGACACAAUCAUGUGUGGUAAAAAUUCAUUUUUGCUAAAGCUUAUUUUCUUUGAAUUAGUGCUGGAGCCAUUUUAUGUAUGUGUACAACAUAGAGAUUUGCCAGAUAAUCUGAAAAUGCCUACAGAAUGCUUUGCCAGCGUUUUUACAGUAGUGCUCUUGCAUUACUGGAACAGCCUUAGUAUGUACUUGGCUGGCUGAGGUGAGACUGACUCAACGGGCUGCCUUCUGUUACUUAGUUCUUUUCUU